CCGGGGCGGAGUCCUAGGGGCGGAGCUUAGGGAGGAAGGAGCCGGCGCCUCACCUGAGUUCUCCACGUUAAGGCCUGGUCGCCUUUGAGCCUGUGAUUGGGCCAUUGCUCUGUGCCGCUGCUCUUCCGUGCCCGCUGCUCUGUGCCCGCUGCUCUGCCAUGAGCACUACCAGGAGGCUGAUUGGCGGGCCCUCCGAAACCCGGCCCGCCACGGCUGAGAUCCAGGCCAUUGCUGACAAGGUGAAGUCCCAGCUGGAGGAGAAGGAAAACAAGAAGUACCCCACUUUCAAGGCCAUGGAGUACAAGAGCCAGGUGGUCGCGGGGAUUAACUACUUCAUCAAGGUUCAAGUUGAAGAUGAUGACUUCGUGCACAUUCGAGUGUUUGAAAGUCUCCCUCAUGAAAACAAGCCCUUGGCCUUGCACAAUUAUCAGACCAACAAGACCAAGCAGGACGAGCUGGCCUAUUUCUAGUUCUGGAUAUCAAACUGAACCUUCCCCACAUGGUUCUCUGUCACGAGUUCGUGUGCUGGGGUCAUAAAUGAACGACGUCUCUAUGCUGUGCCACUUUCGAUGGAGGGGCUGCUCUGCACCAAUCUGGUGUCUCUGCUUCUGCCUUUAAACACGUGAUUUUCCUCCCAAUCAAUGAUCUUAACUAAAUUGCUUUCCAAGAGGGCUGAGGUGAUCUCUAAAUAAAUACAUUUUUAAGUUUUUGC